CCAGCCUCUCACCAUCCAUCGCAUCGCCAACAUGUGGUGAGCUCCCAGUAUUGUGACCUUGGGCAUUGAAUAUCAACCUCUUAGUUUCCGGUAAUCCGGUGUAUAUUGGCCUAGCUUCUUCCUUCCUUCACCUAAUUCGUUUCUUUCCUUAAACCCACUCCUCCCAUUCCAUCGGGCCGCCAUCACCAUGUCGUCCACCCACUCCAAGUCGCCCAUGCGACCCGUGGAUCCUCAGCCGAUGCGCACUCCGUCGCCUACCAGAGGCAACUCAUAUCCGCCUCCCCCGGCUCAGUCUCAAUCGCAGUCGAAGGCCAAGCCUGAGUCGUACAGUCAGCCGCGUUACAAUCCCCAGGACUACACCAGUCAGAGCUAUAAUCCCCAGAACUACAGCCCCCAGAACAACUAUACCACCCAAUCGUACAACCCCCAAUCGUACAACCCACAAAGCUACGAUCCCCAGGGCUACACCACGCAGCCCUACAAUCCGCAGGAAUAUGGCCCUGCUAUGGCGGCAACAGGUCCUCCUCUCGAUCCUGGAAUCCCCGUGCCCGGAAACCCUGUUCCCCCGAUGAUCCCGGUGUCAGAGUCACAGACUCCCAAUUACCAGCCCAAUUACCAGGGCAAGCCGGGUGGCAACAUGGGCGGUAGCAUGGCUGAGGUCCCUCGGCCCAGCACCCAGAUGGCGACCACAUUUGCUCCAACGAACCUCCGGGAACUCCAGGCUCUCAAGACGAAUUGCCAGUUCGGCCUGCGCGAGUACCUCAGCCUCCAGCGUCGGCGGAAGACGGGCGACUCGGCCAUGUCGCCUUAUGAGCUGGACACUCGUAUUCGAGCCCAAGCGGGCACCGUUCUGAGCGAUUUGAAGGUCCUCCAAAGCGAGGUGCGCGACAUUGCCAAAGAGGCGGAGAGCCAUCGCUGGCGCAGGUGGAUUAUCGGUGGUGCCAUCGCGACCUUUAUCCCUUUCAUCCGCAAGUUCUUCCGUCGAACAAACGAUGAGGAGUCGCAAACAUCUUCCAAUGACACUGAGUAUGCAUUCCGCAAGUCCAAGGGGCUCCUUGAAUACAUCAAGGACGGCGUCUUCGGCACUGGCUAUUUCGCCAAGCUGGCAUUCUUCGUAUUUGCCGUACUCUACGUCUUUUCGAAUGAAGUAUCUCUGCGCGUUGCUAGAACGAUUCAGAAGCGCGUGAAGAAGCUGUGCGCCAGGAUUGAGCGAGGCGACUCGGAUAUUGAUGAAAAGGACAUGAAGCUUCUUGAAGGGUGGCGAUGGCGGGUAUUGCUUUGGUAGAGGCAGAGGCCGCGACGGAGAUAUCGUAGUAUGAGGACAUGAUUGUAACGAAGCUUGCCUGGGUCAUUGCAUUUUCAGUUGGAUUAUUUCACUCGAUCUUUUUAACCUCAGCUAAUAACGAAGAAUUUACCCUGCA